GUCCCGUCACCCACUUCCUCCGACUUCAGGAAAACAUAGAAGUUACGUGGCCGAGAGCCCCCGCCAAAAGAACAACCCGUACCCAAAGCCUGGGCUUGGCGCGGUGACUGACAGCGGGGCUCAGCGGUGCCGGGAUGCGGGUGGGCGGUGGGCAGGAGGCAGAGGGGCUCCUUACUGCCCGGUCUCUGAGUGUCAGUGUCCCCGCUGCUCGCGGCUCCUCGUUGCAGGAUCCGGCCAGCUGAUUGCCAAAAUGCUUUGGAGCUUUUAACUGAAACGAAGAAAAAUCCAAAAUAGAUCCGAAUCUGUAAAAACAGAAGCUGCAGCAAGAGGAUUCAGUGCCAAUGCAUCAACAAAAAAGACAACCAGAGCUAGUGGAAGGAAAUCUUCCCGUUUUUGUGUUUCCCACAGAGCUAAUAUUUUAUGCAGAUGAUCAGUCAACACAUAAACAAGUGUUGACGCUGUACAAUCCCUAUGAGUUCGCCUUGAAGUUCAAAGUUUUGUGUACUACUCCAAAUAAGUAUGUUGUCRUUGAUGCUGCAGGUGCAGUAAAGCCUCAGUGUUGUGUGGAUAUUGUGAUUCGUCAUAGAGAUGUUCGAUCCUGUCACUAUGGUGUAAUAGAUAAAUUCCGUCUCCAAGUUUCUGAGCAAAGCCAGAGGAAGGCUUUAGGAAGGAAAGAGGUUGUUGCUACUCUUCUCCCAUCUGCAAAAGAACAACAAAAGGAAGACGAGGAAAAAAGAAUAAAGGAACAUUUAACUGAAAGUUUAUUUUUUGAACAAUCGUUUCAACCAGAAAACAGAACUGUCUCCUCAGGACCUAGUUUACUAACUGUCUUCCUGGGAGUGGUGUGCAUUGCAGCCCUGAUGCUGCCCACGCUGGGGGAUGUGGAAUCGCUGGUGCCUCUCUACCUCCACUUAAGUGUGAAUCAAAAAUUAGUGGCUGCUUAUAUCUUAGGUCUUAUCACAAUGGCUAUACUUAGAACGUGAGCAAGGAUUUCAACCAACUUCUGAGUAAAUUUAUCUUGAAAAUAUGAAUGUGGACUGCCUUUUAUCUCUAUUUCACUCUAUUAACAUGCUACAAACUAUUGAAUGAUUUCAAAUAACUGCAAAUGUAUAAUAUAUAUUUUUAAUUUCUCUAUAAUUUUAUUUGAAGGAUGCCAGCACAUUAUGUUACAGACAGACAGCAAGGCUGCUUCUGAGUGACACCUAGGAAACUAUUUGAAGAAACUUUUUUAUAUCUAUACCUGUUAUGCAAAAGACUUUAAAACAUUUGUUAUUUUCUCAUCUUUUUUCUAAUUCACUUUGAUUGACAAGGGUCGUGUGUCCUUCAAAGCUAAAGGCUGAAAAGAGCAAACAGAUCAGCCUAAAAAUAAAAUUACAUUGACUUCCUAGCUAUGAACAUCAAUGUUACUCUCUAUGUAAAUUAUACCUUGGCCUCUAUCAUUGUGAAAAGUUGCUAUGGUGUUUCUGAGAGUUUUACAGUUAAUAUGUGGAGGGUUAAAAAGUAUAAGGUACUAAGGGAUAAAAACAGUAUAAGGUACUAAGGGAUCAUGCUUAUCCUAGGGUCUCAUAGAAGACCGGACAUAUUUAACUCAUCUUGUGAACUACAGAUGGGUUAUGGUCCAUACACCAAGCAUAUGGUUUUUUUUCAAAACCUAAUUGAAGUAGGUUGACCUGUUUGGUCUGAGAGUUCUAAGGGAAGGUAGGCAUUUGUUUAGUUAGUUUGCCCUGGCUUUACCUCUGGUUAAUGCUUUAUGUUAAUAGGGGGAAAUCCCUUUAUCUUUUCUCCCAAGCCCCUUGCCUGCCUGACUGUAAGUGACUUGCCCAGAUUGGGAUUAUCAGGUAUCAGAUGGUUUCUGUAGAGAUGACUUUUUCACCUUUAAACUCUUAAGCUGAGAAUGGAAAACCCUUGAUACCUGCAUCUAUUUUAUAUCAGUCACUGAGACAUUUUUAAGUUUUUAUUUAUUAAACUUUUUAUUUAUUAAAACAACUUUACCAAAAAAGUCCCCUAAGCACAACUACUUACAUUUCUUUAUAGCCUCUUCUGAUCUCUAAUACAUACAUAUAUAUAUGCACGCAUACACAUAUGUGUGUGUGCAUAUAUAUGUAUAUAAUAUGCAGUUUUAACUGUUAUUGUCAUAGCAACUGAUCUUUUGACUUAGGAUUUUUAUCUGAAAGCACAAUGUAUUGAGAGUCUCUUGAAAAUCAUCUUUCAGAUCUUUUUAUAGAAUGAAUUUAUGCACUGCUACUGUAGCAUUCUCAAGGAAUAUACGUAAAAACAAAUGUAUGCCUGAAAUUGGUGUUUGGAGAAAACAGUUCUGCUUCUAAAAGCUUUUAUGUCUAGUCUUUCAUAGAAAAUCAUGUUUGACCAUUUGGGGAGCAUAAAUCAUUCAGUGGAUCAUGUCUGUACAUUGUGUAAUGACUGAAAAGCACAUAAAUAUAAUCUACUUUGAACUUUGUUAAAAAAAAUGUUUGGGAGGCUCUCCCUCUUGUCUCUCUAUCCAUUUUUCAAGUCGUGUGUGUGUGUGUGUGUGUGUGUGUGUGUGUGUGGUAACAUUGUA